UCUGAAACGAGGGGCAAUGUAGAAACCUAUAAAUGCCAUCGAUUCUGGUGGUACAAGUGGUUUCUUAGAAGGCAAACAAAGCGCUCUAAGGUAGCUGUCCUCACUAUACUAGCAAACAACAGCGCACUCGAUUUUGAUCAUCACUCAACUUAAUCAUCACCAUCAAUUCAUUAUCAUGGCGCCAGCCAAAGAGACCAUUCUGAUCACCGGGGGUACGACAGGGCUGGGUUUCUAUACUGCAAUCCAGCUUGCGAAACAAUACAAAGAUGCAUCCAUCAUUGUUGCGUCUCGAAAAGACACAGACUCGGCAUCAACGGCCAUCAGAAAGGCCAGCGGCCACCAGGACGUGCAGUUUAUGAGCCUCGACCUUGGCAGCCUCAAAAAUGUGCGAGAUUUUGUGGACAGGUACGCGGAAAAGCAGCUGGCACCUAUUUCCCUGCUUCUCCUCAACGCAGGCAUUCAAUUCCCAGAAGAAGCCACCUUCACCGAGGACAAGAUCGAGGCGACUUUGGCAGUCAACCACGUGGGCCACGCCCUGCUUCUGCACCUUCUCCUUCCGUAUCUCGCCACCCAAGCUCGCAUCGUCGUCACUUCCAGCGGUACACACGACCCAGCUCAAAAGAGUGGAAUCCCCAUAGGCACUUACAAGAGUGCCGAAGACCUUGCACAUCCUCAAGGUGAAAGCCUCCGAAAACCAGGUCGACAGCGAUACGCCGAAAGCAAACUGGCGAAUGUGAUGUGGACAUACGCCCUACACAGGCGGUUGGUGCAAGUCCCCGAUAAGAAGUGGACCGUGGUGGCAUUUGAUCCGGGUUUGAUGCCGGGCACUGGCCUCGCUCGCAACGCCGGGGGUGUGCUCAGGUUCAUAUGGCACCAUGUUUUCCCCAAACUAAUCCCAAUCCUUCGACGCACAUAUCACCACAACAUUUGGAGACCUCAGGAAUCGGCUGAUCACCUAGCCUUUAUAGCCUCAAAGGAGUCGACAAGUGGCGUUUACUACGAGGUCGAAAAGCCCAUCAAGUCGAGUGUUGAUAGUUAUGACGAAGCCAAACAAGAGGAUCUUUGGGCGUGGACGAUCAAGACUAUCGCUAAAGAUGAGACAGAAGCCCGAGAAUUCGAGAUUGUCCCGAAAGUAUGAACAGAUAUUCUGGGAGAGUAGCUAGAAGGGGUUUUGUUUUAGUCGUCGUUGUUGCGAUAUAGCGAUGGGGAAAGGGUCCAGGCGUCAUGGAAGGGUUGCCUGUGUACAUGCAAACGAUAUUGUGGUAAUUUGUGUCCAUAUUCUUGACAUAGAGGCUGAGAGUAUUGCUUCUCGAUGCUUUCGACUUGGGAAUUUAUAAUAACAUAGUGCAUCAUCAUUCAUUCUUCAUCGAAACAAA